GGGAAAGGACAAAGAGAUUGCCAGGGUUGAGGAGGGCGGGGGAGAGGGGUACAGAAGACAUGCACAGCCUCUGCGGCGAGCAAGAUGGCCGAGCGGAGGGCAGGAGAAGGAGAAGGAGAAGGAGAAGGAGAAGGAGAAUACGGCAGGAAAAGAGUGAGACGAGGGUGGACGACGACAAGCAGAAGACGGGAGGAAAUGGGUGAAAGGAUGAGGAGGGAGAGGGGGAGGAGGAGGAGGAGGAGGAGGAGGAGCAGAAGAGGGGAGGGAAACCUUAGCGUGGAACGAGGAAGAGGAGGAUGCGGCGGCGGAGGUGGGCGUGAGGAGGAGAAAGCAGAAGACGCUAGGGAAAGAAUGGAAGGAGGAGCAGCAGCAGCAACAGCAGCAGCAGCAGAAGGAGGAGGAGGAGGAGGAGGAGGAGGAGGAGGAGAAUUAGCUAGAUUGUCAUCGUCAGGCUAAUAGACCGUUUGGGGCCAAUGGCCGUGCUAAUCUUCUCUCUCUGUGCAUCGUUACAAUUUUAACGGAUGUCCCGAAGGACCAAAGAGGACUUUCAGUGUAGGCUGAACGGCCCUUCACCACCCACUACGGCCGUUCUGAUGGUUCAUCCCGAAAAGGGGACCUUCCGAAGGGCCACCCUGGCCCCCCCCCCUUCCCUGCCACCGCCCCCCGGCCGGGAUUUUGAAUUUCCUAUCAAAUCAAUGAAUAAGAAAAUC